GUUUUUGAUUAUCUUGUUGUGAUUUUAGCAAUGGCUAUGGGGAAGCUUUUGUCGCAACGUUUGUUCAACAUCUCAAAGAUGUCAUCUCAAGGUCUCAUGAACUGUCGAAUCUCGUCUUCUUCUUUAGCCGUGCGGACCAGGGUUCCUAAAGAUCCAGGAGAGGCCACGGUUGAUCCUGAGCCUGAUGAUCGGAGGUUUUUGAAGAACAUCGCCGUGAAUUGGAUGGAUACGGCUCUUAAGAAGCCUGUUGGUGAGAGUUUGAUGGAUAAGCUUCGUGAGAUGGAUGUGAACAAGGGCAGGAUUCGUUUAGACGGGCUCUCACAUCCUAUGAAACCUGUGGCUGAGGAGGAGACGGUGGCUUUGGGGUUUACCGUGCAAGACGCCAAGAAGUUGCUUAGAGCUGCGCAGAUUGAAGUUGUGAAAACGAAGUUGAUGGAGACAGGGAAAAGCUGGAUUAGUUACUCUGACUUUGUCAGCAUCUGUAGUGAUUCUUGUUUGGAUCUUGAUCAUGGAACUUGGAUUGCAAAGAUGCUUGAUGAUUCAGGAAACGUGAUCGUUUUGGGAGAUUAUGUUUGCUUAAGACCUGAUCAGGUAACAAAAUCCAUAGAGGGGCUGCUUCCAUUACCACAGAUCCAUAACCCAAAGGACCCAAGAAGAAAGGAGCUAAAAGAGCUUGAAGCCAUAAAGAAGGUCAUUGACCAGAAAGCACAUUCAUUGGUGAGAAGAGAGCUUCAGGCUGGUCUUGGUUACAUGAUUCUCCAGACCGCACUGUUCAUGAGGCUAACGUUCUGGGAACUAACAUGGGACGUUAUGGAGCCAAUCUGUUUCUAUGUCACAUCUAUAUACUUCAUGGCUGGUUACACUUUUUUCCUUAGGACCGCAAAGGAGCCUUCCUUUGAAGGGUUUUACCAAAGCAGGUUUGAGUCUAAACAGAGGAAACUGAUGGAGACUCAAGAUUUUGAUGUUGGGAGGUAUGAUGAGCUGAAGAGGCUGUUUAAUCCAAAGCCUUCUACAGCUGCUUUUUCCAAGAUUCUUGGAACUAUACAAAAUUAAUCUUUGAUUAAGGACAACUUGUUACAUUCCGUGUGAUGGUGUCUUGGUGUCCUAACCUGAGAAAUACUUAUAUACUAUUAACAACCAAAAAAACUGUGAAAGAAAACAAAACAAAGUGUUCAAAUAGGUGCGGCUUAUGUUAAUAUUUGGAAGAGUAGAUAAUAUAUCUAAUAUAAAUAUAUAAUGUAUAUGUAAUAAAAACUUUCAAAGUAUUUAUCAUAUAUAUUUUCCAACAGUAUCUCCAUAUGAACUUUGAUUUCUCAAGUGUAAGUUAUUAUUUUUAAUUGGAUACGAUCAUUGACUGUAUUACUGUAUCCAGAUAAUCACAAUGAUGCUAAUGUACGUACCAUAUUGUCACGUUUUUAUAAGUUUAAUACAAUAGUCGUUUCUCG